AUGGUCAUCCGCUUUGUCGAUCCAGCCAGCUUCAACAACGCGUCGCAAUGCGUGCUCAAACUCUAUGACAGACGCUUCUCAACUCAGCACCGUGAUGACUGGGAUGCUGCCCCCUGGACUCUUGAGAUCGAGAAGACAUACCAUGACUUCGUUGACUGCGGUGAUGCCGACGAGUAUUUCAGCUACUGGGAUGCGGAGAAGGAGCGAAACGACUAUUGGUCGGCGGCCUACGUUGACAAUCGCAACCGAUGGAGUGUUGCAAAACGCGAGGCGUAUCUUCAGUGGGACUCGACUAUGACCUACGAGACCGAGAAGAAAGCCUAUGAACGCAUGUCUCAUCUCCAAGGAGAAGAUGUGCCCAAGGUUUUCGGAGAAGUGAUGCUGGACCAGCCAACCACCACCAAACAAGACAACGAGCACGAAGAUGUUGACGACAAGGAUGCCCGCAUCUUUACCAUUCCUGGAAUUCUCAUGCAGUACGUCGAUGGCUUCCACCUUACAGAUCUGCACAAGCACCUGCCCACCGAACACUGGCAAUCCACCGUCGACUCGGCCAUCAAAGCACUCAGCAACAUCCAGGACUGCGGCAUACUCAAUCGUGACGUCAACACCCGCAGCUUCAUGGCGGAUCCUCUGACUCGCAAAGUCAUGAUGAUCGACUUCGGUAUGGUCUGCUUUCGUGAAGACGCUGAGGGUGACAGAGAAUGGGAGGAACUCCAGGCCAAUCAGGAUGAGCAAGGUGCUGUCGGAUUGGUCAUGAAAUCUUAUCUGAAGCGAGAGACCGACAUCGGUAUUGUCUACAGAUGCAGUGAACGAGCUUUGAGACUGGCCUGGCGUUUCAACCAGGAUGGUGGAGAGAACGAGGGCGGUACCCAGGAAGAAGAUGAGUACGUGAGGCAGAACAAGGACUUGAUGAUCGAGAAAUAA